GUAUCCUAUAUUGCAUCACUGGUUCGUAGCAUCAACAUCUCUCGACGUGCGUUAACGUAGCUUGUUGGGUACGCAGCGUACUUCGUUAGAUUUUGUAAAUGCUGGCAAGAGUUAAUUUAUUGUACGAAUGUCUGACUUCGCGAAAAAUCAAUUGCUGAAGUUUGGCUGGAGUGAAGGAAAAGGACUUGGAAAAAAUGAGAAUGGCAUUACAAAGCCUAUAAAAGCCACGUUAAAAUCUGGUGUCGAAGGUCUCGGGUAUAAAGAAACUUUCGACGCGUGGUGGGAAAAAAAAUUCAAUAGUGUCAUUCAAAACAUCCAGGUCAAGUCAAGUCAGGAUGGAGCUACUUUAUCUACAGUCGUUGAUGAUUCUUCUAAGAUGAAAGAGAAUAAAUCCAAAAUGCAUCCAUAUGCCAAUUUCCAGCAAAUCUGUGCCCUUCAUAAUGGUCAUUUAAUACAAAAUAACUCUACGACGUCGGAAGAAGAGGUAGGAACUCCACAAGCUUCUGUAGAUGUUUCAUUAAACUUCAAUCAGUUUCACACAAAAAAUGAUGAAGUAACGCCAAAUAUGGCAACAAAGCCACCUUGUACACCAAGUGCAAAACUAGAGAGAAUUGCGUUACAAGAUCAGUCACUAAUAUCUGCAAUGUCAGACUCGUCAUGUAACAUGCCAUGUAACUCGUCAUGUAGGAGCCUGUUGAACCGCUAUACCUGCCGACGUACUUAUCGCUCUAUUUUUUCAUCACAUUCUUUGCAAAAAUACUCUUUGCCUCUUAAAUAUACUUCUGAAACAAAACCUAAUAUUCAACCUAAUCAUGCAAUACUGAACAAAGUGAAUCAAACACCUGAGGAGAAAGAGAAAAAAGAUGAAUACGAAACAAAUAACAAUAUAAUGUAUACUCUACGAACUUUAACUACUACAUCCAAAUCCAGCAACAAAAAAUUUAGAAAGAAGAUAAACAAUCUGAUGCAGCAAUUAAACAGUUGUAGUAUAAAGGAAACUGAAUCCAAGUGUGACCUUGUGAAAGAUAAAUUUUUGCGAAAUGUGAAAGGUAACAGAAAAAAGUGUUUAAAGAAAAAAAAGGAUGUUGCAUAUGCACAAUUGAUAAAGGAAGAGCUAGAAUCAUACACAGAGAAAGAAGAUACAAGUAAACAGACGACAAGUCAAAAUGAAAAGGAAUAUAGACCAGUAAUACAGCUUGAGAUGAAUGAUGAUACACCUUCAAAACAAGAAAGCUAUAAACCACCACAUGAACCACUCGUGAAAGGAUCUACCUGUGUAAUCACUUUGACGAGGUUUGGAGCAUCACGGGAUGGAGAUACAGAUAUGGCUUCAACUAAAAACAGUAAAAAUUCUUUAUAUUUCCACAAAUCUAAAAAGAGACGUAAAAAUAAGCAUAAACAUAACCAGCGCUCGAAAAUAGAAGACGUAAUUAAAAAUAUUGUAAAUAAACGUGAUAUAGACUUUGUAUCAAAAGCUCUAACAAAAAUUAAUCUUACGGAAGAUGUAAGUGCUAUAAUUAAAAAAAAACCUACUCAAACUCAUAUCACACCCGUUUAAAAAAAGAAAUUUAAAGCAGGAAAUGCUAAAAAUGGGAAAUGAUCAUAGAAAUUAUAAUAAGAAUAAUAAUAACACGUUUAUAUAUAUAUAUAUAUAUAUAUAUAUAUAUAUAUAUAUAUAUGUAUAUAUAUAUAUAUAUAUAUAUAUAUACUUACUAAAAAAUUUUUAACAGAAUCUAUAUAUAUAUAAUCGCAAAUUUGGUUACAUUUAUAUCAUAUUUAUUCUGUAUUAAUGUAUCAUUCUGAUAAAUUACAUGAUAAUUUAACACAUUCGCUAUCAUAGUUUAUUUGGAGCUCUUUCCACAGACCACCAUUUGUUUUUUUACGUAAUUGUAUGAAACAGACUUGGUUCGAUGAUAUAGAUAUAUAAAAAAAAAAACUUUGUCGUACAUAUAUGACGCUGAGGUCUCUGGUGAGAGAUUGUUGCGUCACACACAUAUGUGACGUUGAUAACGAAUGUGUUAAUUGUAAGUGCCAUCGGCGUGCACUUAUUAAUUCCGUAUUACUGAAAUUAUCGUAUAUAUACAAAGUUCCUAUUGUAAAAUAAAAGAUAUGCAACAUGUAACAAAGAGUAUGUACACUUAUAUUUUUAAUAAAUAAUACUCAGAGCAUUUA